AAAACAUUUGACAGUUCCAUCAUCUCGGUAAAUGUUGACACACUCGAUGCAGUCGAUGGUUCAAAGUGAUUGUGUCGCACGACACGUUAAGUGAUGUAAUUGCAGCCGUGUGUUUAUACCCGAGUGAGAAAACGUGACGACGGCUGAAAGGCGAAACAAUUGACUCAUCGAUUUUCUUGUGAUUUUACUUUCAAUUUGACAUUCAAAAGUGGACGGUAUUCAUGUGGUUCAUUUCGCGUUCGUUUCGUGUCGUGAAAUUUCCAGACGAUUAGUGAACAUCCAGCCAUGGCCAAACUACCGAACGAAGAGGAGAAGACUUGGCUGAAACUUCCUGGUAUGAAAUCGGGGCCGUUGAUUUACGACAGGCAAACCGGUCACGUUUACACGUUCCCCGAUUUCAAGUGCGCCGAUUCGCAGCUGUUCGCCACCAAGAUCCACUCGUCCCGGUGCGGAUACUUCAACAAGAGGGUGGAGCCUGCCAGCCACUGCACGGCGAUCUGGAAAAAAGGCGAUGGCCACCACAAAGGACACGGCCCACCGGGUCGAAUUGAAAUGGAACUGAUGGCCUUUUGGUGGCAGGUCGUCCUCUACAUGCUGGCCAAGCACAGGAACAAAUCCGGCCAAGAUGUCGUGGACAUCGUCUACCAGGAAUGGCCUUUCACCAUGAAGAAAAUCUUCGUGCCGAUAGAACUGGCCACUAUCAUGCGCUCAACGUUGGCACGCUACCGUAAACUGGCCGACGCCGGGCCGCAAAGCUCGGAAGGAAUAAAGCGGGCUAUUUUCCUGAAAUCCCAUUACCAAAUGGCGCUGGACACUUUCAUAUCCGAGCUGAAGAAAACCAAAGACUGGUGGGGACCAUUUGAAGAAGGCGGAACACCCCGUCUGUGCUGUAACAUUCAAAUAGCGUUGACGAGAGAACCGGAAGCUGAAGAUCCUUUGACGAGAAAUUCGAGUCCCAUGUCGGACGCAACUUUGGACAGGGAAAUGACGUCGGAUAAGGACUUGACGGCCGAAGUGGACCAGUUUGAGCAGUCGAUGGAUCCCGAGAGUUUGACGGGAGUCAAGUUCAUGCUGGAAGCAGUCCGGCUGGAGGCGGAAAGAAGAGGGAAAGAGGCAGACCAGUUGAGGAGAGCCCUGGCUUAUUUGAAUUACAGCAUCGUAACGGACGGAUCGGAAUUGACUCAGGAGAGGAUCGAUGAAAUCAUCAAAAUUGGAGAGAUGGCCGAGAGGGAAGGAAUAGAACCCGGAUACUUGAUCAGCAGUAGUACCGAAUCGACCGAUGAAUCACCGGAGAACGUUCCAGUUGCCUCCGCAUUCCGGAUGAAUUUACUGGCCGAUUCAAACAAUGAUACGCUACAGUUUCCGCUGUACACAUCACGUCCAGUUAUUAUUGCCGGGCGUCCGUCCAACAAUACUGGAACACCCGUUGUAGUAACCGCAACUGGGGAACUAAUUCAAUCGAGAAUCGACCGAGGAGAAACCAGUCAAACUGUCAAACAAGUUCGUUUCGCCGAGGAGCUGGCCAAGACAUCCGAGAAAAUCGGCAGUCAGAACGAGAUGGAUGUGUACGCCGUCCCGCUCACGAAAUCCACCGCUGAGCCGAGCUCAACUUUCGAGCGAUUCGUUUUCGGUCAAGCCGACGGCCAGGUGGAGCGACGGACGGUCCUGGUGUUGGGCGCCGACGGUUCCGGCCAGACGAGAUUCAUCAACGGAAUCAUCAACUUUGUCUUCGACGUCGAGCCCAGCGACAAGUUCCGCUUUCAGUUGAUCGACGAGCAAGCGGAUGCCGGCCGGCCGGACUGCAUCCACGUCUACGACAUCCACCACGCCAGAGGCUUCCGUGUCCCGUAUUCGUUAACGAUCAUCGACACGCCCAGCUACGGCACCAGAAACGCCGAGAACUUGGAGCUCUUCCGGGACGAGAAAACGGUGAAAUUGUUCCUGGAAUUCUUCCGAGACGAGGCCGCAAUCAAGGAGCUGGACAUGAUUUGCUACGUGAUUAUGGAGGCGGGAGUCUUCAACUCGGCCCUGUCCAUCUUCAGCAACGACGUCAAGGAAAAUAUCAACUGCUGGCAGCCCAGCGACUACCUGGGCGACACCAGCAAGUGGCAACAAAUUCCCCGGCGCUUCGUUUCCGUCCUGUCCAAGAUGACGCCAAAGUCGAUGGCCCUGACCCAGCAAGUCCUGGAGGUGAUGGAGCGGCUGAAGGAGUCGAUGGGCAGUCUUCAGCCCAUUUUCCGGAUACGAUCCGCCAAGAUCAAAGAGAUGGAAAAUGCCAAGCUGACGGUGGCCACUUGCGAAUCUCAAAUCAAAGCCAACGAGGAGAAAUUGGCCGACGGCCAGAAAACGGACGACAUUGAAAUCAAAUGGACGUGCCUCUUAUCUGGGGCGCAGGAUCUCCUCGCUUGCCUGCAGCUGGAUCUCGACAUGAACAAAAAUGAAAUGCUGGAGCACUUCGUGACCGCCCUUCGCUGCGUCCAGCAGCUCAAGAAGAAUUCCCGCCGCAACCCGUUUUUAACCCAAAAGCUGUGCGAUUUUCUCUACGAGAUCGAGCAGCAGUUGAAACUGUGCCCGACUGACGACCAAAGUUAAAAUAAUCUCAAGUCUGUAACGUUUGGAGAGUUUCGCGCCAAUCGGAAAAUUUAAACCCAACGAUGUUGUUUUUUCAAAACUAGGACCAAAAUUUCUACCUCAUUCGUCAUGGACGACUUAAGUGUUCACUAGUUUCAUCAGUUUUAGAUUCUGAGCUAUUAAAUGGCUUGUCCAACCAAAUGGGGGAAAUCAGCACAAGUCAAGAAGUUAAUUUGAUUUUAAUUCUCACGUAAACAAUGAAGAUGACAUGUUAAAUACUGUAUUGUGCAGAGUUGUGCAAAGAAAUGCUUUCGUUAAAACCAAAA